CUUUAUUUUGAGAUGAUCUCAACACUAAAAUCCAUAUGGAACUUGAAGAAAGGGAUAGUUCUUUUCUUCACUCCUUUGAUUUUUCUUCCACUCCCAGUGGUCAUCAACACAAGGGAGGCCAGCUGUGCCUAUGUAAUCAUACUGAUGGCGGUUUACUGGUGUACUGAGGCUCUUCCUUUAGCUGUCACUUCACUGCUACCUGCUGUCCUUUUCCCCAUGCUUGGCAUCAUGCAGUCCAAAAUGGUGUGUAUGCAGUACCUGAAGGACACUAACAUGCUGUUUGUGGGUGGACUGAUGGUCGCUGUGGCGGUUGAACACUGGAACCUGCACAAACGUAUCGCCUUGAGAGUGCUGCUCAUUGUUGGAGUGCGCCCAGCGCUCCUGAUGCUGGGCUUCAUGGGGGUGACAGCUUUCCUCUCCAUGUGGAUCAGUAACACGGCUACUACGGCCAUGAUGGUCCCCAUAGUGCAGGCUGUGCUGGAACAGCUGAAUAAACAGGAGACGGAGUCGUCACAGAUGACCUGCGGUGAGGAGCGGCCCCAGGCCCCUGAGGCGGAGUACAAACAGACGGGAAAAGACAGAGACAGAGAAGUGGUGCUACGCAUGCUAGAUGUCUCACCAGAAGCCAGGCAAAAGGAAUCAGCAGAGAAGCGGCUCAUGGCUAAAGGAAUGACUUUGUGUGUGUGCUAUGCGGCCAGCGUUGGGGGAACAGCCACGCUUACAGGCACAGGACCUAACCUAGUACUGAAGGGUCAGAUGAACCAAUUAUUUCCCGAGAAUGGUGAUGUCAUCAACUUUGCUUCAUGGUUUGGGUUUGCCUUCCCCAACAUGAUCAUCAUGCUCACCAUAGCUUGGCUCUAUCUUCAGUUCAUUUUCAUGGGAUUCAACAUUAGGAAGACAUGGGGAUGUGGGGCGGUAAAGUCAGAGAAGGACAUAGCCGCCUAUAACGUGAUCCGGGAGCAGCAUCUUCAGCUUGGACCGAUGUGUUUUGCCGAACUCAGCGUUCUGGCUCUCUUCAGUUUGCUUGUAGCGCUGUGGUUUACUCGAGAUCCUGGAUUUGUAACCGGCUGGGCAACACACACCUUUAACACUGAAGCAGAAUAUGUGACAGAUGCUACAGUUGCAGUCUUCAUUGCCCUAUUGCUCUUCAUUCUGCCAUCAAAACCUCCCCGGCUUUGCUUCUGGGCAUCAACUGGCUCUGAAACAGAGCCUCAACUCUCUUCUGCGUCCAGUCCAGCCCUGCUCUCCUGGAAAGUAGCUCAAAAGAAGUUACCCUGGAAUAUAGUUUUGCUCCUAGGUGGAGGAUUUGCCCUGGCCAAAGGUAGUGAGGAGUCAGGUCUAUCUAGAUGGAUGGGAAACCAGUUGACUCCCCUACAUAGUAUCCCUCCCUGGGCCAUUGUUAUCAUCCUGUGCCUCUUGAUUGCCAUUUUCACUGAGUGUACCAGCAAUGUGGCUACAGCAACCCUUUUCCUUCCUGUUCUUGCCUCUAUGUCUCAGUCAGUCGGAAUCAACCCUCUUUACAUCAUGGUGCCAUGCACACUCAGUGCAUCCUUCGCAUUCAUGUUACCUGUGGCAACUCCACCAAACGCUAUAGUCUUUUCCUAUGGAUACCUCAAGGUUUCAGACAUGGCAAAAACUGGCAUGAUGAUGAAUAUCAUAGGGAUUUUCUGCAUCACCUUAUCCAUCAACACCUGGGGCAAGGCCAUGUUCAACCUAGACUCUUUCCCUGCAUGGGCCAACCAGACACUAAUAUAAUGGACAGUACAAGGCCAAAUGAAAACCAGCAAGCUGCUUUUUUUUUU